AGAUGACGACGCAUUGGAUGUUAUAAUAAACUUCAGCAGAAAUGAGUGAUCCUCUCCUUAACCCACUGACCGUCAUAUGUGCAGGAUCCUGCUUUGCCUUCUCUGGACUGUUUUAUAAACUCUACUCUGAAAAAAGACACGAAAUACAGAAGCUGAAGGAGAUCCCAAACUUUCAAGCAGACCAUCACCUGCUCAGGAUUCUGAACGCAUCGUCCAACAAGAGACUUAAUUAUGUUGCCGUAGAAGGACUGGUGCAGGCCAUCGGAGAGCCCAUUUCCAGCAGGAACGUGCCGCGGUGUUACGGGGUCGUUCAGAAGAUAACCGUGCAGGAGCACUGGAAAUACUGGAACUCUGUUCUCAAGUCAUGGGUCUCCAAAACAGUGAACAAGAAGCAGACCACCAACACGGUGCCCUUCUGCCUGAUCCAGCCCGGGUCCUACACCAGUGAGGUUUCGGUGCGCGUGGACUCGCCUCUGGAGGCGUCCGGUGAUUACCUGGAGCAGGUGCACAAGCGCCUCAGGACUGCCAAAGAGGGGCUGGUGGACGUCGUCCUGCAGGAACUGAGUGGAGAGAAGCCUGUGGCCCAAGAGGAGCGCGAGGAGCUGCUGCGUGUGGGGGCGUGCCUCACGGGAUUCGGGGAGCUCGUGCUGGAGCAGGAUAAGAUCAUGAGGUUGCAGACACCCAGAGAUGGACGCAGCUUUGUCCUGAUCCCCGGAGACCACAGGAGCUUCAUGCAGAGACACGAGAACAGCGCUAGCAUGUGGAAAGGGCUCACGGCUCUGUUUGGAAUAACGGGCUCUACGUUAUUAGCGGGGUUUAUCCAUAGCAGUCUUAAGGAUAAAAAGAACUAGCGCACUGCGUUAUGCA